CAUUACGUCAAAUGAAAAAUUUUCGGAGAAGAUGUCAAAAUUCCAGUAACUCAUGUCACAAAUUCAAAGUGCUCCGAACCCCGGCGAUCCCCCAGACCAAGAUGACGAAAGUUGGGUGGAUUUGCUCCAAAACUUGACCACUUUUAUAACAGCAUCAGCGAGUCUGGUGAAUAGUCUAAAACACACAAUUGAAGUGGCAAAACUGCAACCAGCCGAGGGAAUUCAAGAAGAAAUAGCGCCGUGUCCCAUUUCUAAAUCCCUCGAAGCGAAAACCUCAAGACAACUAGCAGUUGUUGAAAGUACUUCAAAGACGUCAACUCCUGCGACUCCGAAAACAUCAGCAACGGAAGCUGUUGUGGCCAAGACUUCAAGUGCGUGUGUUUGUAAAGCAAAAUCGAAAAGUUCUGUUAAAAAUACUGCAAAGGCUGAAUCUUUUGCAAAAGAAAAAUCUGUUAAGCUUAAUAAAUUGAAAGAAGAUUGUAAAUUGGCUCAGAGGAAUUUAGCUGAUAUUCAAGAGCAAGUAAGACAGUUGGAAAGACUGUAUCAGGAUUAUGAAUCCAUGAAUACUCCUGAAGGACAAGUAAAUCCUGCUGCACUGUAUAAACAAAUUAUGAAACCACAGACUGUUCCCUACGUACCAGUUUCCAAGGCGAACAGAAGAUCCCCUGGCCCGGAACCCUGCGAUUGUUACGUCUCGUAUAAAAACCAAUCUUUUUACAGGAAACCCAAAGAUAAAGUGUCGGUUUUGUCGACUGUUCCAUACCAUCAAGCUUAUUAUUAAGAUGUAAAGCAUGUUAUUAUUAAAAACAUUAUCUUUUUUA